GGGGAUUCUGACGUUCGUUCCUGCCUCAGCCGUAUAUAGUGGUCGUCUGCUCUGUGUGCUUGACAGUUUAUGUGUGUUGAGGCUGCACACAGUGCAUGAUGUCUAAGCACAAACUUUUCCUGCUUCGACAUGGUGAGGGGGCAUGGAACAGAGAGAACCGCUUCUGCAGCUGGGUCGACCAGAAACUCAGUGAAAAUGGAGUCAUUGAGGCCCAGCAGUGCGGCCAGCUGCUGCAGGACCGAGGCUACAAGUUCGACCACGUUUUCACUUCAAUUCUAAGCCGCUCCAUUCAGACAGCCUGGCUUGUGCUGCAAGCCAUGGACCAGGAGUGGGUUCCUAUCACAAAGUCUUGGAGGUUGAAUGAGAGGCACUAUGGGGCGCUGAUUGGCCUGAACCGUGCCGAGAUGGCCCUGAACCAUGGCGAAGAGCAGGUUAAGCUGUGGAGGCGGAGUUAUGAUAUUACUCCACCCCCAAUUGAUGAGUCGCACCCCUAUUUUGCGGAAAUCUACAAUGACCGCAGGUACAACACGUGUGAUGUGCCCAUAGAAGAGCUACCCAAAACUGAGAGCCUCAAGGAAGUGCUAGAUAGACUCUUACCAUACUGGAAUAAUGUCAUUGUUCCUGAAAUCAAGAGUGGCCGAACUGUCCUCAUUUCAGCUCAUGGAAACAGCUGCAGAGCUUUGCUGAAACAUCUAGAAGGGAUUUCUGAUACAGAUAUUGUUAAUGUUACUCUCCCCACUGGAAUACCAGUUCUACUGGAGUUGGAUGAAAAUCUUAAGCCAGUCAAACCGCGAGAGCUCCUUGGAGACCAAGCCAAAAUUCAGACAGCUAUCAAAAAUGUAGAAAAUCAGGGAAAGGUCAACCUGGGAAACAAGUCAUAAUUUCAUUUAAAGAAGUUUGCCUUUUCUGUUUAGUGGUGAUAUGACUGAUAGAAAUGGCAGUUACAAGAGAUAUCCUAAUUGUUAUUAUGCACUGAAAAACAUAUGUGAAAGGUGGAGGAUAGUUACACUAUACAUUUUUCCUGUGGCGAAAUGGGCAGAAUAGUGAUUAGUGACACGAGUGUCAGUACAGAUGAAUUUGGCAGAAAUCAGGCAGGCAGUGGUGCUUAAAUAGGAUUCUGCUCAGUGAUUAUAUAGAAGGGGAAGAAUCAGCACAUAGUUUUUACAUUGGUAAAAGGUCUCAAAUUUUGUGGACUAGAGUACAGGGGUUGAUGUAUAACUAUAACAAUAAGACUAUGGUAAAGAUUGGUUGCAGCUUGGCUUUUUAUGUGGUGAUCAGUCUUUGAAAAUUGUAAAACAUGCAUGUCUUAAAAAAUAACAAUCAAAGUAUCCCAUACACAUCAAUACCUUUUUUGUUUUCACUCAUUUGUUUUUUAGCUAAAUUUUAAAUUUUUUUAGUAAGAGAUUGCACUGCUAUAGCCAGAAUUUAAACAGUUAUGCACUUAAAUACAAAUUGUACCUCAGCAGGACUGCCAGUUUGGACAGUUCUUUCCAGACACAAUAAAUAAGCCUAUUCCCACCUAUGCACUUGCAUUAUACAACUGAAGUUAUUUUGGAUAGAAACAUACCAUGCUCACAUAUUUUAUACAGUAUAUAACAGUAUAAAGGGUUGUGGGGUUUUUUGUUUGUUUGUUUUUUGUUUUUUGUUUUGUUUUUUUUGCAUAUUAAAUAUUAAUAGGAGGCACAUUUACCCACCUGGUAAAUUAUUAUAGUAUUUGUUUAUUUAUUAAUGGUGGGGAAAAAUGUUGUAAAAAAAGGUCUUAUUUUGUGCAGAGGACAGAUUUAUUAAGUGUUAGAAACUCAUAUAUGACCUAUAUUAAGCUUCUUUUAAUACAAAUUAGUUCAUACAUGCUAAUACGUUUACUGAUACAAGUGCAUAAGAUGUGUAAAGAUGAAGGGUUUUUUUGUUUGUUUAUUUUAGAAAGCUUUAGGUUGUCGUGUUCCUGUAUGUCUUUGUCAGAUUGUGCGUAUGUGUCAUGUUUGGCUUGAUGUCACAAACUGCUGUACUGUAUUUAUAGUAAAUGCCAUCCAUGACCCUUUUUUGCACUAGAUGUUAUAGUUUCAGAACUGUUUUAUUUAUGACUGGUAGUGAUACAUGGUUAUCCUUGUUGCUCUAAAGUGGCAAAUGCAGUAAAAACACUGAUUAAAUCGUGAGGUGCAGUGUGA